GUUUGGAAAGGAUAGAUGAGGAGCAGGCAGGGGAGGGAUGUGGUGCAGGGGCCACCAGCGUAGGAACAAAACAACUUCAACCUUCUUGUCCCUUUCCAGCUGAGCUCUGUACAAGCCUUUAUUCUGCAAGAAAGUUGAGUGAUGUGGGGCAGCAGGGAGAGCUCAGCCACUCACUGCUUUCACUGUGUGCUUCUGUAACGCUAAGGGAUAGCAGGACUCAUGCUUGGAAGUAAGAACACUUGCGAAUGAGAAAUACAAGGGGGAAAGGAGAGAGAGCAGCUCUCAGCCCUGUACAGAUUCCCUGUGUGACUGUGUUCUGGAGUGAACCCAAAAGUCAGCGCUCACUAGCAGCCUGCUCAUACCAAUGCCAGGGCACUGAGCUCUUCAGUCUUUGUCUGCUGGGUUCCACGGGUGCCCCUUUAUGCCUCUGCCCCCCACUUUAGCAGCUGCAUCGCCCAUGUGAAGGAGUGCGCACAGACAUGGGCACUUUAAGGCAGGACUGGAAACGGACAACUUUCCAAUAUGUCCCUUGGGUGGUUUGUCUGCUGCUCAGCAUGUUAUUUUGCAAAGUGUCAAAAUCAAGAGGCAUCCCUGACAACUUCCAGAGAUUUUCAGCAUCACAGACAUAUCUGCCUGUCAAUUAUCGAAUACUCAGCACAGAAACUGCCUUUCUUUUAAAGGAAAACAACCAGGAUUUCAUGAGGAACUUUAGUUUGCAAUCUAGAGUAGAAUCCUUCUUUAUUCAAAAAGCACUUAAAUCCCCUGUAUUAAAUGCUAGUUAUGGACCAUUUUCUGUUGAACAAGACAUACCAGAAGACAUUCUGUUGAAUACCCAUUCAUUUGGAGCCAACAAAUUUACCUUUAAUUGGAAGAUCAAAGCAUAUAUUAUUAAUGAGAAGGUGUAUCCCAACAAACCUAAAGUUCAGGUCUUAUUUUACAUUGCAGGAAGAGACUGGGAUAAUUAUAGUGCCACUGAAAAGCUUCCAUGCUUAAGACUUUUUGCAUUUCGGGAAACUAGAGAGGUUAAAGGUAGUUGCAGACUGCAAGGGAUUUUAGGACUCUGUGUAGCUGAACUGGAAUUCCAGCCCUCCUGGUUCAUCUCACCCCCAGUAAUCACAAGUCGAAAGAAAAAUCCAGAACUUCCUGAUGGGAUACCUGUGGACCUUUACUAUACCAUCCAAUCUGAAGAAGAGAAAACUGAGUGUACAGCUGAGGAAGCCAGGAAAGGGAAUGCAAUUCGGGCAGGAAGAGACCCAGCAGAAGAUGCACUGUCACACUUACAGAGGAUUGGAAAUAUAAGUCUCUAUCGAACACCAGAACGUUCUCAGCUAUAUGAGCUGAGGUUGGAUAGUCAAGUUGCUCUUUGGUUACCAUCGAGACCUGCAAAACAAGGAGAAGUCUUAAUUGUCUAUGUUACAGUCGCCAGCAAUGCUACAAUUGACCAGUUCACACUCAGGGCCAAAGUGAAAAAAGGGGUGAACAUUCUGAAUGUGAGGAUCAGUGAUCCGCAGCAGUGGGAUAUUCAGCAAGAACUUGGAAAUGGAGGCAAACACUCCACCACAUCUGUCACCUGCCAGAGAACCGGAGCCAGCCAGAGAAGCAGGACUAACAAUCAGUUUAAUGAAGUAGUACAGAUGAACUUUGAGAUCACCAGCUUCAGCAGCCUCUCAGGAACUCAGCCAAUCUCAUGGCAGGUGGAAUAUCCUGGAAAGGGCUCAAGUGAUAUCAUUCUGUCGGAAAUUUUCAUAAGUCAAAAGGACCUUGUUGGCAUUGUCCCUCUCUCUAUGGACACAGAGAUUCUGAAUACAGCCAUCCUGACUGGAAAGACUGUGGCAGUGCCUGUAAAAAUAGUUUCUGUUGAGGAGAAUGGUUAUGUGACUGAUAUUUCUGAACAGGUGGAAUGUAAAUCUACAGAUGAGGAUGUUGUCAAAGUUUCUGACAGAUGUGACUAUGUGUUUGUCAAUGGCAAGGAAAUGAAAGGCAAGGCUGGGGUGAUUGUGAACUUCACCUACCAGUAUCUGAGUGCCCCUCUGCAGAUUACCAUCUGGGUUCCAAGACUCCCUCUCCAGAUAGAUAUAUCUGACACCGAGCUCAGUCAAAUCAAAGGAUGGAGAGUGCCUAUCAUUGCAAAUAGAAGACCAACCAGAGACAGCGAUGAUGAAGAUGAGGAUGAACGCAGAGGAAGGGGGUGUUCCCUGCAGUACCAACAUGCAACAGUCCGAGUUCUCACUCAAUUUGUGGCUGAAGAUUCUGACCCUCUGGGGCAGCUUGUAUUCUUGUUAGGAUCUGAUUGGCAGUUUGAUGUCACAGACCUGGUCACAGACUUCAUGAAACUGGAGGAGCCACAUGUUGCAAAACUACAAGAUGGAAGGCUACUGAUUGGCCGGGAGGUUGGCAUGACUACCAUACAGGUGAUGUCCCCUCUUUCUGAUUCCAUCCUGGCAGAAAAGACAGUGACAGUCCUGGAUGACAAAGUGACAAUAACAGACCUGGGAGUGCAGCUUGUCUCCGGACUGUCACUCUUCCUUCAGUCCAGCGCAGCAAAUAACAAGGCAUUUGUUGCAACCUCAACGGCUCAGGAACUUCUUCAUACUCCCAAACAGGAAGCAGUUCUCAGUGCAUGGAUACAGUUUAGUGAUGGCUUGGUAACUCCUCUUGACAUCUAUGAUUCCAAAGACUUUUCCCUCUCUGCUACAUCAUUAGAUGACUCCAUUGUAUCGACAUACCAAAGGAGUUUGUUAAAAUUGCCGAUUGUGGUAGCAGAAGGUGACGGACAAGGGCCAUUGAUCAAAGUAGACAUGAUAAUAUCAGAGGCUUGCCAAAAAUCAAAGAGAAAAAGUGUUCUUGCUAUUGGAUAUGGUUAUAUCAAAGUAAAAUUUGGUCAAAAAGAAUCAAGUCCUCAGACUGGUAAUGAUUAUGGUGGAGAUGAAAUUGAAAAUCACACCAGUGACCGUAAGCAAAAAUCCCCAGAUGUGGAACACUAUGGGAAUGAUGGAAGAUACAAUGGAUCUCCCUUGGAACGUGACAAAAGUGCUAUACGAAAGAGCAGCACUACAGCUAGAUCAUUUCUAAACAGUAGAGUGGAUGAUAAUAGACUUUCAGAAGACAGCCCACUACAAAAUAUCCCAAUAGAUUUUACCAAUUUCCCUGCUCAAAUUGACCUGCCAAAAAGCAAUGGAGAAAUGGAAGAUAAUGACCUUAUACAUGCACCUAAAGGGUUGAGUGAUCUUGAGAUUGGAAUGUAUGCUUUGUUAGGAGUAUUCUGCCUUGCCAUAUUAGUCUUUCUUAUUAAUUGUGCAACCUUUGCCCUUAAAUACAGACACAAGCAAAUACCAAUUGAAGGACAGACUAGCAUGGCACACUCCCAUGACUGGGUUUGGCUUGGUAAUGAGACAGAAUUGUUGGAAAAUACUCCAGAUGUUUCCUCCCAGCAGGAUGAACAUACUACCAUCAUAGACAGAGGAACAUUAUUGGAUGAGAGUAGCCAUCUUUUCAAUGGCAAUAGCCAGAAGAAUGUACAGAGUCAGAUACAUAGGCAAGCUGAAGAAACAGAAAACCCGUCAAAAGACAAAAAAAAUGAUCCUGUGCAUUCACCAACCUCAAAGAGAAAGCGAGUAAAAUUCACUACCUUCACCACUAUACCAGCCGAUGAUGGUUGCCCAACUGUCAAUGCACUCAUAACAGCUAAUGAGGAUGACAUUAAAUGGGUGUGCCAGGAUAUGGACCUGGGUGAGUCCAAGGACCUCAGAAACUAUAUAGAGAAGUACAAAGACAACAUAUAACUCUUCAUGGUUGAAAUUAUUUAACCACAAAUUUUGAUGCCUUCAGUUUUAUAGGUCAUGUGGUGAUGUUAUUGGUCACUGGGAUUCUGCAACUGGAAACCGCUGAGAUUCUCCAAUUAAAAUGUAUUCAAGGAAUUAUGAAUACCAAAUUGUGCAGCAUUUUGGAUCACACAAUAAGCCAAUAUGAAAAACAAUAUCUUAAUAUGUUCAAUAUACAGAAUGUCAUCUAUUUUGUGUAUGGGAAAAAUUCUAAGUUUAUGAAAGCGCACAACAAAGCUACCAAAAAUAAUUGCUACAAAAAGGUAACAAUGUGGUAAAAUGUGAUUUACAUUUCUAAUAAAAUGUAACAAAAUAACAGAGGAUAAAACCUAUACUUUUAUCUGUAAAGAAACUUACACUGUCUGGACAUACCAUUCCUCUUGCAGAGUGUACCUUAUCUUUGAUUAUGUCGGUAUUUGUAAGAAAAUAUACAGAGUUUUCAGAACAUGACACAAAUAGUGUAAAGGUGAUAUUGAUGAUAAUCACGGCAAGCGUUCAAAACAUUUCGAUUCCUUUUCCAAGCUUGUAUAUAUAUAUGGAAAUAUAUAAAGCCCACAAGUGAGGUUAGAAUUGUACAAACAUUUUAACACGUUUCACUGUUCGAAAUCAAGGUAAUCUUAGUGUUUCAGGUAAAAGUCAUGUUAACCAGUCAAAAUAUUACAGGAAUGAAUAACAAAGGGUGAUAUCUUGAUGGCAUUCAAGUGCUGAGCAUUCCUCUCUUCUGUAAUGUUUUAUUUAAAGGGGACAUACUGUCAAAAAUGAAAAAAAAUCACAUUAGCUAUAAAAAGAUAAGCAUUUUUGAAAUUUUCUAUGAUUGAAAAUGUAGUGCUGUUUUUAUGAAAAUGUUAAUUUUCUGAUAAUUUUCAAGAUAUCAGUAAAGAACAGUUGAUGUCACUCUGGAGAACCAAAUAAUUCAGCAAGUCAUCCAUAUAUUAUAAAAUGCACAAAAUGUAUCUAAAAUCUAAAAAUCCUUCAUCAGGACACCAGCUGCUCUUACAUCACUGAAGAGAAGAAGAAGUGCUGUGUCAAAAGGUUUGCAUAAAACUAUACAACAUUUUUAAUCAAAGUGAAGUAUUUUUAUUUCUUGAAGUCUCCUUUAAAAAGGGGUACACUUUUAAAAUGUUGAUUGGUUAACAUCGCUGCAUGCUUUUACUUGGGUUCAAUGUACAACUUCUUUUUACAGACAGAGAGAGAGACCAUUUAUACAGAAACGUUUGACGUUUUCUAUGGCAUCUUAUCUAUCAUUCCUCAAUCUAUACAGUUAUGUACCAUUAUAUGCACACACCCCAGACCUUCAGCAAGGGGAGCAGACACUGGAAAACAUCAAAUGAGGCUGGCACAAGCCUGGUCUCACAAAGUAGAAGAGCUGGA